AUGCGCAACACACAAGAGCUGGUUCAAGCAGGAGCAAUCAUGAUUUGUACAGUACAAGUAAAGAAGAAAAAUCUCAUCGUCGCACUGGACAGUUGUUCCAACAUAUCAUUUAUUAAGGUAAGCACUGCAACUAUAAUCGAGGCAAAAACUAUUUCAAAUGAUAACUUCCUAUCUGUAGAAAGUUUGCAAUCUGUAGACUCAGCCACCUGGCCAGUAUUCCAGUUCCAACUUCCAAACCAAAAGAACACCUUGACUUUUCGUGCGGUCGGUACAGAUAAAAUCGCGCGUACGCAAAUUCCAGAUUACAAUUUCAAGAAAAGAUUCAAAACAAUGAAUUUGAACCCAAUUCCGUCGGGACAAGUUGUAGACAUCGAUAUCUUGUUGGGAGCAGGACAAAUGUGGAGAGUAAUAAAAACGGAGAAAGUUGUAAGAGUACAUAGUGAUGCCGUUCUAUUUAACACACUGUGGGGUUGGAUUCCAUGCGGCAGAGUAGGCACAGCUGCACCAACCACUACAACCACCCUAUUGAACUCGUCAGAGAAACUUUCCUUAUUGUUAGAAAGGCUGCUCGAUCUAGACAAGCUGACUACAGAGUCGCAAGGCUCGGACAUGACUAUGGAUGAACAGAAAGCUCUCGACUUGCUGUCGGCAACCCUGUC